AUGGCCUCAACAACACCCUCCUCAGGCGUCCAGACGUCGACCAUCGUCCUCGCAACCCUCGGUACCGUCACCACUGCUGCCCUCGCAUACGCCGUCUACUUCGACUACAAGAGACGAUCCGACCCUGCCUUCCGCCGCUCGCUCAAGCGCCAACAGAAGCAGGUCUCCAAGGCCGCCAAGGACGAGGCUGUUGCCGCCGAGAAGGGCCAGAAGGAAAAGAUCCGCCAGGUUGUCGACACUGCCAACGACGAAGGCUUCCCCACCGACCCCGAGAAGACCGAGGAGUACUUCAUGACAGAGGUCGCCCGUGGUGAGCAGAUGUGCCAGGAUGGCUCCGACCCCGUCGAUGCCGCCCUUUGCUUCUACAAGGCCCUCAAGGUCUACCCUCAGCCCAGAGAGCUCAUCAACAUCUACGACAAGACUGUCCCCAAGCCUAUCCUUGAUAUUCUCGCCGAGAUGAUCGCUGUCGACAGCAGCAUAAAGGUCUCCUCUGCUGCUGCUCCCGAGUCCGAGCCCGUCGAGUGA